AUGGCUUCCAACCCUCCUAGUCACUGCUGCACCUAUGGAUGCAAACACGAAGGAGAGCCUGUCGGAUCAAUGAGUAAGAUAUCAGGUGGAAUCAAUGCUUAUCUUGCGGCCCCCGCUGCCGGACAGGAAAAGAAGUUCGGGACGGCAUUGUUGUAUAUUCCAGACAUCAUGGGCAUUUGGCACAACGCCAAGCUCCUUGCCGACCAGUAUGCCGCUCAUGGCUAUCUCUGUCUAGUUCCCGACAUUUUCCUCGGUGAUCCCGUCCCUAUAAAUCGACCUACUGACUUUGAUGUCAAGAAAUGGAUCAUGAAGGGUUCUGACGGGAGCUCCCCUCACACACCAGAGAUUGUCGAUGCAGUUGUGAAGGAGGCCAUUUUGUAUCUCAACAGUCAGCAUGGCGUUGUUAAGCUAGGUGCUAUAGGGAUUUGCCUUGGAGCUAAGUACGUUGCUCGUCACUUCAGCUCUGGGAUAGCGGUGGGCUUCAUUGCUCACCCUGCAUUUAUGGAGGAAGUGGAGUUGGAAAACAUCACAGGGCCUCUCUCUAUCGCUGCCGCUGAGGAUGACGAUAUAUUCACCAUCUCAAAGCGCCACAAAUCGGAGGAAAUUCUCUUUAAUAAGACUCCCAAGUUCCCGUACCAGCUGUGUCUGUACUCGGGUACUACUCAUGGAUUUGCAGUUCGUUGCGAUCUGAGCAUUCAGGAGCAGAGAUAUGCCAAAGAACAGGCGUUUUUGCAGGCUAUUAACUGGUUUGAUGAAUAUCUUCUCGGCUAUCUUGGAUAA